GAAAGACAAACUCAUUGUUUGACUUCCACGUCCUCAUCCUAUAUUACCCACGGAAAAGGGCUCACCUUACCAAUCCGGAAGUCGCCUUCCGGAUAACCAAAGAGGACGUCCAGGAGCUUCGUGCAUUUCAGCCGAAACGAGGUAACGUCACGUACGUCGACGAAUGGGGAUGGUUGCAGUUGAGUUGGCCGGGGGUUACUCACAAUGUGGAAAAGACGCUCGUUGCUCGUUGGGAGAAGGUUGUGCAUUCAACGGGGAGGGAGGUGGAUGACCUGAGGAAUGAUUUGGAAAUCGAGGACAUCCAGCUCUGUCGCUGGUAAGUUCAUGCUAAGUUCAUGCACACUCCGUCAUAGAGAGCAUUGACCGCGUACUGUUGUAGUCGUCCUGGAGCCCCGGCGCGAAUCCCAGUCCCCAGAGCUCAUGCAAACCUACUAGAGUAUCACCAAUGGCUCUCCACAUCCUCUAUUACCUCUCAAGGCUCUGCACUGCCCAGCAUGCAUGCUGUGUCUCAGACACAGACGAGGACAUCGCCCGAUGUUGAUCUUUCUGCUACGCUGCCUCCGGCAUCUCAGAUAUCCUCCGCCUCACUCGCCAAUGGCCUUCCUCCACGUCCAGCAUCAACUGCAUCUGCGACCGCACUCUCAGGCUUAGAACAUUUACAAGCUAUACCCAUGUCCGUCCAAUCUACCACACAUACAUCCACCUCCCUUGAGACGGGCGGCAAACCAUCAGAAUCUUCUCCUGCACGAACCCCUGAACUUAUAGAAGCGGAGGUCGUCAUAUUGACCGAGGCUCUCGCUGUCACUCAAGCACAACUGAGAGAAGCGCGUGCAAGAGAGGUUGGAAUCAAACGCAGCCUAAAUAGCCUUGGCGCCCGUCCAUUAGAGAGUGAAGAGGAAUUGCGGACCAAUGCUGAACUUCUAUCCGAGCUCAAUGCCGCCAAAGAAGAAGCUCGAGUUGAGCGUCGCCGAAGAAUCCAGGCAGAGACACGGCUCGAAGAGGUGAAAGCAGAGCGCCAGACCCCCUUCGUCGUCCCAGCGCUGCUCGAGAUUUUCAAAGAGAUCUCAACAGUGACGGAAUCCGUUAGCAGUGUGGUGUGCUAAGACGGCGUAGGAGGCUCUUUAGAGUUCACGCCAGGAUGAAUGGGGCGUGAGCUAAAGAGCCAGUAUCAUUCGGAUACCAAAUCACUCCCAAAAUCCACUCGCUCGCUAUCUGUCUGUAUGCCUCCGAGUCUCCGAGACCGCCAACUACCCUCAUUCUUCACAAUCCGGCCUCGUUCACUAUUUGAGCAAUGUGGACGGGUGCGCCGUCAGCAGAAACAGGGCUCGCGUCUGUUACCGUUUCGAUGGCGAGCCUUCGCUUCUCACACCUAUCCUAAUCCUAGGGCUUCACCUACUAUCUGUCCGCGGCAGGGCACUGGCCUGCCAGUUCGCAGUGGGGCUGCAUAGGUGCCUCAAGCUUCAUGGACGUACGCGAUGCGGGCUUUACCCCUCACAUUCACACAAUGAUAACAUCAAACCAAAUCAAAAUAUUCAUCCCUGUCCCGCCGUUUGUCUCCUUUAUCACCACCCCUGCUGGUUUACCUACGAGAUGACAUCACCAUCGUGUACAUGAUGUUCAGUCAGGAAGCGUCCUCUUUAUU